CCGGCCCACCUGCGGGCCUGCUUCUCUCGAAAGCCCACAUUCAGGCGCAUGGCUCCAUGAAGCAGGAGGAAGAGAGAGAGCGCGAGAGGUCCCGUCCGCCCCGGCUGCGACUGGGCCAGAAGAAAAGGUACAGGAAGAAGGAAUGGAAUCGAAUGGAAGAAAAUUCGUUCCAGAGACAAAAUAGCUCCCCUCUAUUAUAGCUGUUCCCCUGGCAAUACAACUUUUGGCUUUCAGGUUCUGCAGCAUUCCAGACCUCAAGCACUGAAUCAGGAUGGGAAAAAGACGUUGUGUUCCUCCACUCGAGCCCAAGUUGGCAGCAGGUUGUUGUGGGGUCAAGAAGCCCAAAUUAUCUGGAAGCGGAACACACAGCCACGGGAAUCAGUCCACAACUGUGCCCAGUUCUAGUUCAGGACCUCUUCAAAACCACCAGCAUGUGGACAGCAACAGUGGGCGAGAGAAUGUGUCAGACUUAACUCUGGGGACUGGAAACUCUCCCAUUACACGAAUGAAUCCCACAUCGGGAGCGCUGAGUCCUCUCCCUCGGCCCAAUGGAACUGCCAACACCACCAAGAACCUGGUGGUAACUGCGGAGAUGUGCUGCUACUGCUUUGAUGUGCUCUACUGUCAUCUUUAUGGCUUCCCACAGCCACGGCUUCCUAGAUUCACAAAUGACCCCUAUCCGCUCUUUGUCACAUGGAAGACAGGGCGUGACAAGCGGCUUCGUGGUUGCAUUGGGACCUUCUCAGCCAUGAAUCUUCACUCAGGACUCAGGGAAUACACGUUAACCAGUGCACUUAAGGAUAGCCGAUUUCCCCCACUGACCCGAGAGGAGCUGCCUAAACUUUUCUGCUCUGUCUCCCUCCUUACUAACUUUGAGGAUGCUGGUGAUUAUCUGGACUGGGAGGUAGGGGUCCAUGGCAUUCGAAUUGAAUUCAUCAAUGAAAAGGGUAUCAAACGUACAGCCACAUAUUUACCUGAGGUUGCUAAGGAACAAGACUGGGAUCAGAUUCAGACCAUAGACUCCUUACUCAGGAAAGGUGGCUUUAAGGCUCCAAUUACAAGUGAAUUCAGAAAAACGAUCAAGCUCACCAGGUACCGAAGUGAGAAGGUGACAAUCAGUUAUGCAGAGUAUAUUGCUUCUCGGCAGCACUGUUUCCAGAAUGGCACUCUUCAUGCCCCGCCCCUCUACAAUCAUUACUCCUGACACACGGCUGCAUGACCAGUCCCACCCCCCUGUGGCCACCAAUGGCUAUGACAUCAUUGGAGCAGAUGCCUCCUCUUCCUGGUCCAGUUACUUCUAUUACUGCACCAUUUUAUGAUGCUAGCUUCCGUUGCCAAGUCUGCCUCCAGCUGAUUGAAGGGAUGGCGGGGUUACAUUGAAUGAAACAGAACUUGAGGGGCCCAAGCCUUAUCUCAGCCUUUCCUCAUUAUGGGGUUCAGUUGGAUUGGGGCUCCUCCACAAUUAGUAAGAAUUACCAUGUGGGUUCAGAGGACC